AUAUUAAAUACAGCGAAAUGCAAGCACUGUUAAGGAAUAUUUCCUGGAGUAAAUUUAAACGUCUUGUGGAUGUUACACAUUUUAAGGAAUUGAGAAGAAUCUGCAAUGGAUCUCACCCAUACGGGAAACACACCGACGUACCAUUACGCCAGUAUAUUAAAAAAGGACCUGGACUUGAGUAUUUCAUUUAUAACAGUACUAAAAACUCUGUAGAGAAACAAGAUACAAAGAUUUCGUUCGAGAAACAUCCUUAUCUUAACGAAGAAUCACGUGAUGGACUUGGUUUAAAAGUAUUUGUUGAGGUCUACGGCUGUCAGAUGAAUGUGAAUGACACUGAAAUAGUUCAUUCUGUACUUGCAAAACACAAUUAUGUCCAGGCAACUUCUUGUGACAAUGCUGACAUUAUUUUUCUGAUGACAUGUGCCAUCCGAGAGGGUGCUGAAAAUAAAAUAUGGCAUCGAUUAGGGCAACUGAAUGGCAUGAAACAAGAAAGAAAAAAAAGAAAAGAAAGUUUAACUGUUGGAAUAAUAGGGUGUAUGGCUGAGCGGUUAAAAGAUAACUUACUGGAAAAGGGCAAAGUUGUAGAUAUAGUGGUCGGCCCAGAUAGCUACAGAUCGCUUCCAUAUUUGCUUAGCCAUGUCUCAUCACACCAAGCUGCCAUUGAUGUAAUUCUUUCUGCUGAAGAAACCUAUGCAGACAUCGUUCCAAUUAGGUUAAAUCCAAAGUCGCCAUCUGCAUACGUCUCCGUGAUGAGAGGAUGUGACAACAUGUGUUCAUACUGCAUCGUACCAUUUACACGAGGACGAGAGCGGUCGAGACCCAUUGAUUCUAUCGUCGAUGAAGUCCGUUGUUUAUCAGAUCAAGGAAUCAAGGAAAUAACUUUACUUGGUCAGAAUGUCAACAGCUACAGAGAUACCUCAGAAUCAAACCAUUACGCUGAGCCGGAAAAAAACAGAGUAACAGUAAACGCGGAUGGUUUCAAAACCAUUUACAAAGCCAAAACUGGGGGUCGCCGUUUUGCUGAUCUUUUGGACAGAGUCAGUCAAGUAGAUCCUGAAAUUCGUAUACGGUUCACCUCACCCCAUCCGAAGGAUUUCCCAGACGAAGUCCUUCAUCUCAUCAACGAGCGGCCAAAUAUUUGCAAAUCCUUGCACCUACCAGCACAAUCGGGAAACAAUCGAAUACUUUCUUUGAUGCGACGAAACUAUACCCGUGAAGCAUAUUUCGCACUGGUGGAAAAAGUCCAGUCGAUUUGCGGACACCAAGUUGCAUUAAGCUCUGAUUUUAUAUGCGGGUUUUGUGGUGAAACAGAGGAAGAAUUUGAGGACACGCUAGAUCUUGUUCAACGUGUUUCAUACAGCACUGCUUACAUAUUUCCCUACAGUACACGUGAGAAAACCCCAGCGCACCGUCGUUUCCAAGACGAUGUCCCUCUCGAUAUUAAAAACGAAAGAGUCGCACGUUUAAACAUCGCUUUUCGCCAAGGCGCAGAUAGAAUAAACAAACAACUCAUUGGAUCAACGCAGCUCGUGCUCGUUGAAGGAGAUAGUAGAAGAUCAAACCAACAAUUAGCAGGUCGUUGUGACCGAAAUAUCAAAGUCAUUUUCCCAAAAGAGUCCUUAGCAAGAGGCGAUAUAGUAGAGCAAGUCAAACCCGGAGACUAUGUAGCGGUGAAAAUUCAAGACGCAACAUCCCAAGUUCUCAAAGGAAAAGGAAUGCAUAAGACUACUCUAUCUAGAUUUGCAAAUGAUAAUUUGAGCGACAAGUUGACCACAAUGUCUACAGUGCCGCAUACAUUAAUGUCAAAUAAUAUGUAAUCUUCAAAUAGUAAA